AUGAGCGAACCUGAAUAUCAAGUGUUGGAAAUUUCAGAUACUGAAAGCGAUUUCUAUGGUACGCCCAACAUGGAGGCCUUUGGCAGCGACUCUCCUGUUGUGUUAGAUGACAAUAGCACACCUCAAGAUAUCGAUAGUCCAAGCGCUUCCAGCUUUGUACUGGAUCUCACCGCUGCGGAUGACUACGAUGUAGUACUCAGUAUCAGUGACGAUGAAGACGGCGCCAGCGAUAAAAAGAAACUGAACAUGGCAGGUUCUAGUGCACACAACAGUAUUUCAUUAGAUGACGACGCAUAUGCAUUUUUUGUCGAAGCAGGUCUAGAAGAUCCAGAUGAAUUGAGCAAGUUUGGCAUCAACAUUGAUGAAAUCAACGCACAAAGACAAAUUGCAGAAAAGCUGGAGUUAGAAAACAAGCGAGAUCGUGAGUUUGCCCUUGAGCUACAACGACAAUUGGAAGGCAGUAGCUCCACAAGCGCAGCUGCAUCAUCAUCAUCGCCAUCAUCAAGUGCACCAUUAUUAUCAGAUGGAGGGCCUUAUCGAAAUGCAUCCUUCAUGUCACAAACGUCAUUGAAGCGAGAGAUAGACGCUAUCGACCGCGGAGAGAACAAAAAGAUCAAGUUCGGUUCCAACAGCAAAGACAAAACACCCUUUGAGAUCAUUGACGACGACGAUGAUGAUGAUUGCAUUGAUCUCACCAGUGAAACCCCAAUUGCUUAUGGAAACUUUCACUACUUGACUGACUCUGAUGAAGAGGAUAGCGAUUAUGAUGUGCAGGAUUACCUUAGCAACCCCAUAUACGGCUACCCUUCUCAUCCAUAUUUCUUUGGUACAUCAGACGGUACUGGCAAUUCUACACAUCAAGACAGAUCUCAAUCAUCAUACAACAUCAUGGCUAGUGUUCCAGGACGCCUUGCCGACGUUCCAAUGCCUCGCAUGCAGUCAGCAGCCACAGCAGCGUCAUCCAACAGCUUUACAAGUCUUCUUCAAUCACAUAUGGCAGCGAUUGCAGCUCAACAGAGUGCAAAGAAGGGCUACUAUGCUAAUCCGCAUCUUCCUUCCCUGUAUUCAAGACCUUUGGGUCAACAGGAAACUGAGCGUGAGCUCCGUGAGUUGCUAGAGAAUAUUGUUUCUGACGAGCCGCCUCCACCUGAAGAUCGCACUGGUACUCCCGAUGGCUUGUCAAUCACACUGUUGGAGCAUCAAAAGAUUGGCUUGCAAUGGAUGACCAAGAUGGAAAAUUCCAAUAACCGCGGUGGUAUUUUGGCUGACGAUAUGGGCCUCGGAAAGACUAUUCAAGCCAUGGCAACCAUCGUACAAAACCCAUGCACUGAUUAUGCAAGUGUGGACCAUGGUGAGAUUGAACCUGCCAACAGCCGUCUUGGACAAGGCGAAUUGAAGAUCAAGGCCACUUUGAUUAUAUGUCCAGUGUCGCUGAUGGAUCAAUGGCGCAGAGAGAUUGAAGAAAAGACCAGUCCUAGACUGAAGGUGCUCGUCUUUCACGGUAGCCAUAGAACAAGCAACCCUCGCCAUUUGGCUCUUUACGAUGUAAUCAUCUCGUCUUAUGCUGUCACUGCAUCCAAUUUCAAGGAAAGUAGCUUGGGCCCCUUCCACAAGAUUACCUUCCACAGAGUCAUCUUGGACGAAGCACAUACCAUCAAGAACAAGCAAACAGCAGCUGCGCGUGCAUGUUGUCUGAUCGACGCCAACUACAGAUGGUGUAUGACUGCAACUCCCAUCCAGAACAAGAUUGAGGAGCUGUUCUCUUUGCUCAAGUUCUUGCGUAUCAGACCUUUCUGCGACUGGGAAGAAUUUAGAGACACCAUUGCGAAGCCAAUGAACACUGGCUACCACAAGAAGGCUAUGCGCGUUGCUGCUGUACUGAUGAAGGCCAUCUCACUGCGUCGUUCCAAGAAGGCCCUGAUUGACGGACGUCCUAUCCUCGACUUGCCAGAAAGAAACGUCCACAUGACCCACAUUGAUUUCUCGCCAGACGAAAGAGUCCACUACGAGUACGUCAACCAGCGUGCUCAAGCAAGAUUCAACAAGUAUUUGAAACAAGGUGUCGUCAUGAAAAAGUACUCUUCCGUGUUGGUGCUCCUGUUGCGUCUUCGUCAGGCUUGUUUGCAUCCCCAUCUCACAUUGACCGAAGGCGAAUCUGAGCCACAGCAAGGCGAACAAGGACUAUCUGAAGAGUUUCAGGAGCAGGCUGCCAAGGACAUGAGUGCAGAGGUCAUUCAACGUUUGUUGAGCGACAGUGCCACUCUCAGCGACAUUGAGUGUCCCAUCUGUAUGGAUACUGCUCAAGACGCUCAAAUCCUCAAGGGCUGCGGCCAUAUUCUGUGCAAAGAGUGUCUUGAUUCCUACAUCAAUACCAAUGAUGGCAGCCACAAGCGCUGUCCCCAGUGUCGUGGUGAAUUAAGCAUGAACAAGUUGGUCGGCGUGGAGGUCUUUAUCAAAGUCCAUGCACCUCACCUGUUGGAAGAAGUCAAUGAAGAUGCAGAGGAAGAGGAAGAGGGGAGAAUUGCCAAGGAAAAGGAACAAGAAGCACUGCAAAGAGUACAAGAGUAUGUGUCCAGUGCCAAGAUUGACAAGAUGAUUGAGAUCCUGGAUACCACUGCUUCAGAAACUGGCGGACAAGACAAGACGAUUGUGUUUUCUCAAUUUACUGGCUUCCUUGACUUAAUGCAUCGGCCAUUAAACGACAGAGGAUACAAAUACCUUCGUUAUGACGGUUCCAUGGAUAUCAAGCAACGCGCAGAUACUGUUGGCAAAUUUUUUGAUGACCCCGAAGUCAAGGUCCUGCUCGUCUCUACAAAGUGUGGUUCUUUGGGUCUGAACUUGACUUGUGCCAAUCGUGUCAUCUUGAUGGAUGUCUGGUGGAAUCCUGCACUGGAGAAUCAAGCCAUUGACCGCGUUCAUCGUAUUGGUCAAUCCAAGUCUGUAGACGUGCAUCGUAUCUUUAUCAGCGACACAGUAGAGGAUCGCAUCUUGACAUUGCAAGCGAAGAAGCAGACUAUCUCUGAUGGCGUGUUGGGAGAAGGCUCUACUAACGAUUUCAAUCGUUUGGGUGUACAAGAGUUGCUGUAUCUUUUCCGUGGUGGUGAUUUACCUGAUACUGAGUCUGGCCCAUCUGGAUCUUCAGCAGCAGCAUCGGGUGUUGCAUCCAGCUCCAGAUCCUGA